GCAACACGAGGAUAGCAACGCGACGGCUCUCCAAGAGCUCCAGCAACCCUGCCCAAGCCAAAAUGAACAACAUCAAGAGCAAGCUUUGCUACAUCAAAACAACCAUAGGAAGAGAGUACUAGUACUCAUCGGCUCGGCAUUAUCUCAACUGCCAAUAUGGGGUUUCGCCAUGAGCUACGGCGUCCUCCAAGAGUACUACUUCGACCACUGGACCCUUGAGGGCGGCCGCGAACUUACAGGCAUAAUCGGAACAACCUCCAACGGCGUCAUGUACAUGGCGAUGCCCUUCCUCUUCGCCCUCUUCACUCGCCGCUGGGCCCGCUUCCGCCAGAGAGCCGCAGCCCUUGGCGCCGUCCUCGCGUGCGCCAGCUUCAUGUUGUCGGCACUUAGUACACACGUCUGGCACCUAAUCGCAACGCAGGGCGUCCUCGCCGCCUUAGGCUGCACCCUUGUCUUCAGCCCGCUCACCCUAUCACUCGGCGAAUGGUUCAACACCCCGAACCGCCUCUGCAACCGCGCCGUCGCCUUCGGCAUCUGCCUCUCAACUAAGAACAUCGUCGGCUCCGCCUGCCCCUUCUUCUUCCGCGGCCUGCUCGACCGCUACGGCUUCCGCGUGACUCUGCUCGCCUGGGGGGCCCUUAUGAUCGGCACCGCACUAUUGUCCAUCUCACUGAUCGCUACGCCCAGCUCGAGCUUGAAUUUAAGUGGCACCCAUGGCCGCAAGAUCCCCUGGCUCUUCCUGCGCCACAAGACGUUCUGGAUCUACAGCACGGCCACCCUGCUCCAGAGCGCCGGGUACGGCAUCCCGCAGACCUACCUCACCGAGUACGCGCGCAACGUGUCCGCCUUGUCACCUACCUUCUCGACUCUGCUCAUCACGCUGAUCAAUAUCCCUGGCAUCUGCUCCUCCACGUUCUUCGGCUUCCUUAGCGAUAACAAGCACUUCCAGCUCUCCGCACAGACGGUGACUGCUAUCUCGGCAAUCACGUCUGCCCUGGGCACGUUGCUGUUCUGGGGCCUGGCAGCGCGUGGAGGGACGGCGCUGUUGGUGCUGUUUGCUAUUACGUUCGGGUUUUUCGCGAGCGGGUACAGCGCUACGUGGGGCGGCACGAUGAACGACAUGGAGCGCGAAGCGGCCGAAAGGAACGAGGCCAUCGACAGCGGCGUGUUAUACGGGCUGCUCAAUGGCGCGAGGGGUAUCGGGUAUGUUGCUGGCGGGCUUGUCAGCGUGCCGCUUGUGAAAGCCGGGAGCAUGACCUCGCUUGGGCACUUUGGAUAUGGGACGACGUACGGGCCUUUGAUCGUGUUUACGGCGCUGUCGCUGGCGUGCGGCGGGUGCGGCAUUGUUUUCCGCCCCCAGUGGAAGCGUCUACUAACGUGGUGAGGGCGAACCUGGGAUGAGCUCCACAGAUAUACUCCUCGUAGACUCUGAGGCUGGUGAAGACGUGCAAAGGUUAAAUAAUAUCCCGGCUCUAGAGAACAUAGGCGUUCAUUGGCAUGUUGGAUCCGACUAUUGGAGAUGUACAUCACCUUUCUCCCUCCCCUCCUCUCUAGCCUGUGUACAUAGCUGCGCCAAUGCCAUGAGUUCCAAGUCAG